AUGAGCACAGCAUCCACACAACACCAACAUCAUCGCCACGCUUGCGAUGGCGGUUGUGCCUCCAAUAGCCAGCCGUCUGGCAGCUCCCCCACCAAAAGUCGUCAACACACCCCUCCCCCCGUCGCCUCUUGUGACCAACACAUGCCGUCGCCUCUUCAAAAUGCACAGUCAUCUGGGGAUUCGCGCAGCACGGAGCGAGCUUCUUCACCUGCGACGCACACCCACGCAGCCGCAUACGCACAACCAGAUCCAUCCCACGAUGCCCUCGCAGCGUCUUCGUCCCUCGUCACUCAUUCUCGCCUUCCGCAGUCAACUCCACUAGCCUCAUCUUCCUCGUCUACGCAGCCACAGCCACAAACAGGUCGUCUACCCACCGCAGCCCAACGUCGACGUGCUCGCGAACUCGCUACUGUUCUCUUGACUCUCGCCACCUGCUAUGACUGCCAUCGACCGGUCCACGACCCUGUCACUCUUCCCUGCGGCCACUCAUCGUGUUUGCAGUGUAUCAAGGACCGUGUGCUACCCAGCUCUAUCCCUGCCGAACACGAGGUUCUGCCGUUGCCGUGUUUUACUCAUCUUCCGCCUCGUCUUCCCCUCAGUCCCAUGACGGUGCCCUGCUCUGCGUCUGGUUGUCCUCGUUCCGCCAUUGGCCGCGGCAUUGGCGUCUGGGCGGGCCACUUGCCCCGUUAUGGCCUCAUUCCCACUUAUACCGAAAGGCUCCCAUUGGUCGAUCAAGACGUUGGUCCUGGAGCGCCGCCCGUCGACGGCUUUGUCAUGGGUGUCGCCGACCACCCGCUCAGGCUCACCGUCAUCGGCCCACAGACCCGGUCCAAAGCUCACCUUUUCGCCGUUCCACCCCAAGGUGUCGAGCCGCCGCAUUCCAAUACGCUUCAUCAGACCGCUACGACUCUGCUUCCCUCCUUGGCGACCAGUAACAUGCUCCGCACCGACGUCACCCUCAGCAAGGCCGUAGCCAUCCUCACGCGAUACGCUUCUUCGCCACUCCCACGUUCUCCUCACCAGCGACCUAGCCUGCCUGCUUCCUCUGGAGCCUCGGUCGCCAGUCCGCGGUCGCACCACGCUAGAGUCCGUCGCACAGCAGCCGCGUCUAGUGUGCUCUCUACCUCGAUACGUCCGUCCACAGGCUCUCGAGCUCGCGCAGCCACACGUAGACGCCGCAGGUCCCCUCUUGAUAGGUCAAGCGUCCGCGCCCCAGGUGCCUCUUUGGCAGCUCAUCGCCCUCAUCCUCGCUCUUCGUCGAACGCUGGCAUGGGCGUCUUUGGUCAAAACGAAUCCGAUCUUGAGAGCGGCACGGUUGGAGGUGUGCGUGCCACAGCCUCUGACUCCGACGAUGGCUUUGCGCAACGCAUCGAUAAUGACAUGCGCUUUGAGACCAGACAGCGCAACACAGUUCGCCGUGCUUCUGCGCAUUUCGAACAUGACGACGACAGGGAUAGCCGCACCCUUUGCGUUGUCACUGACGACGAGCACUCCGACGAGGACAACAGCGACCGCUUUUGGCCCGACCGUGUAGGCGGAGCCUAUUCUCGCCCGCUUCUGUCCACCAACGUCGCUCGCAGACGCGGCAACGCACGCCGCAAACGACGUCGCCGACGACGCAGUGAUGGCAGCGUCUCAAGCGCCCAUUCUUUACCCAGAGCCAGCUCCAGGCAAAUCGACGCGAAUGCAGCCAAGACCGGAGCGCUUUCCGACGAGGCAGUCGCACGCCAUUCGAAUUCGGGUUGGAGCACAGAAGACUCCACCUCGAGCCUUUGCUUGCAACGCAACAAGCGCGCUGAGGCGCUCGACCAAGCUGUUCACCGUCGUCAUGUGGUCCAAGCCCACAAUGCUGAUGCCACCACUAGCGAUGCAGGCACCGAUCUCGACAGUCACGCUGCCAAUGUCCAACACCGUGCCCUCGAGGUUAAGCAAAGCCUCGCGCUUUCUUCCAAGGUGGGUACCAACGGCGAGCCCCUCGUUCAGUCUGUUGCUACCCUGCAUUCUGAGCUGCUCGAAGUGGUCGAAUGUCAACUCUGCUACCUGCUGCUCUACAAUCCUCUCACUACGCCUUGUGGUCAUACCUUCUGCAAGUCUUGCUUUGCCCGCAGUCUCGACCACGGCGAUCGUUGUCCUCUGUGUCGAGCCGACAUGCCCAACUUUUCCUUUUUCCAGGAUCACCGACCCAACACGGCGCUGCUCAAGAUCCUUACAGCAGAUACUGCAACCUUCUCCGAUGAGGAUGCGUUGGAUUCGGAUUCGACACAGGCUGCUGCUGGCAUGGCAGCUACCAGCACGUACGCAGGCAUUUCGGUCGCCUUGGGCUCCGACAGAAGUAUCGAUGAUUCUGCGGGUGGUCGCCACCGUGCCGAUUCCAUCGUCGACGAUGAUCCAGAGUCGGCCCCUCACCACUAUGGCUUCAAGCGCUUGUACGAACAGCGCAAAGUAGCCAUAGAGCAGGAGGAGCGCGAAGCUCGACUGUCGACACCCAUCUUCGUCUGCACCCUCGCCUUCCCAGGUAUGCCUACCAUCCUGCACAUCUUCGAGCCGCGCUAUCGUCUCAUGGUGCGUCGAUGCCUCGAGAGCGGCAACCCUCGUUUUGGCAUGGUGUUGCCGUCCAGGACGAAUGGAGGUACAGAGGAGUAUGGUACUAUGCUUGAGAUCAAGUCGGUGCAGAUGUUGGCGGAUGGACGCAGCAUGUUGGAGACAGUCGGAUCCUACCGCUUCCGUCUGCUCGAAAAGGGCUCUCUGGAUGGCUACACAGUUGGUCGUGUUGAACGUGUUGAUGAUAUUUCGCUCGAAGAGGAGGCUGAGCUCGAACGCGCCGUGCUGUUGCGCCGCACCGAGCUUGAUCGCAAGAAGGCAGCCGAAGCAUCGAUCGAGCAGCCCCACGCCUGUCCCAUGGUGCCGUCAAUGUCGGCUCCCGUACACACUCAGGCAAGUCACGAUGAACACGACCAGUCGUCCGAUGUCGUCUCUGCUCGACCCGAGAUGUCAAGAGCAGAAAGCGACGCGCUGUCGAUCUAUCGCUCCAGCGCAUCGUCGGCUGCUGAGCCGCCGUCAUCGGAAGCACAGCCUGUCAUGGUUACUGGGCAGGUAGCUUCACCGAAUGGUGCAUCCGAUGCCACGGAUGCCGAGCAGGACACUAGUGGUGACGGUGAGGUAAGCGGCCUUGUUCCCUUCAAGCCUGUGCCUGCCGAGCCAUCGAUCGAGGAGCUCGUCGACAUCUGCACCUCGUUCAUCGAGACGUUGCGCUCGGGCUCGGCACCUUGGCUGCUCUCGCGUCUCAACCACACCUAUGGUCCGAUGCCCAGUGCUGGCGAAGUCGAAAGGCUCGGAUACUGGAUGGCACUCGUGAUGCCCAUCGACGAGCAUGAAAAGGCAAAGCUACUGCCCAUUCGCAGUCGACGUUUGCGACUGUGUCUAGUCGUGCAUUGGAUUGAGCAGCUUCGACAGAGCUGGUGGUUCAAUAGCGGAUGUACCGUCUCAUAG